AUGCGAUCCUCGGAGUUUCAUAUUCGUUUUCAGGAUGCAAUCCAGCAUCUCCAGCUAAGCCAGUCCUUCUGUGGCAAUGAGUCCCUACCACACUCAACUUUAACCAAUUUUGAGCUUUUGAGCCAGUUAAAAGAGCACCUGGAGCCAAUACGACUUCCCUGGACCCCGCCUAACGGUAACCUUGAAGCGCUGGUUGGCUUCGCACUGGAAGAUUUUCUUGAUGCAGAAUCAGAACGCUCGGGUAACACAAAGAUAUCCAUUCCGCGCCAGUUUCAGGAUGGUGGCUGGAAUGUGACGAACUCUCUCACUUGGGCUGCAAACCCUAUCCAGAGAGAUUUGACUGAAAUGACGCAGUCCUUCCGGUCGACCCAGCAGAGUGAGACUGAGUCAUUUAUUCGGUUCAACCAAUCAAUUAUCCAACAUAGUGGAUUACGGCUGAUUCUUAUGUGUGGACGUGCAGUGCAGGAUCUUGUUCUACCCACAGAGUGCAAAGAGACUCGCCUUAAACUAGAAUCUGGGGAAUUUCCUAUGUUUCUUGAGAUUGAAAACAAAGCUAUCAAACGGGUCUAUAUUCUGAUACCAAAUCCAAUUGAUGCAUUUCUCCUCCGAGAAUGGUGCAAAACUCACAAAAUGUCCGAGGCUCUUCAUUUCACAUCAGCUAUUACCAUGACUGUCGGUAUUCGCCCCUACGCUAGUGAUAAUGGAUGUGUCCUGACAAAGGCCAUCCGAGAUUACAUGGAUGAACGGAAAGGAAUUCAGGAACCCUUAAUGCUCAAAACUCUUCAUCCAAUGGCUCGCUUGUGGCUUACACGUAGAGGAUUCGCGAAAGACGAAGACAUCUCUCUCUUGCGAGAAAAAGGAGGCGGGAGUCUUAGCAACGCAAUCCUCGUCUUGCUACAUGUGACCCCACGUCAUUUUCAAAACGCCCCCACGACAUCCUCUAUGAGCUCAUUCCGCAGAUCAGAGAAACACCAUGUCCCAGAGUUUCAGAUUGACAAAGCGCAGCUUGAAGCUGUUCGGGAUCUCUGUUGCCAAUUGAGUAAGAACCUACCGAUUGAUUAUGACCACCCUAGUGAUGGGUUAAUCCAGAAUGUCAAAUCCAGGGAGGAAGAUUUGGAAGAUGAUGUUGGGGAGACUAGUGUUCUCGAAAGAGAAGACCUGGAAACUUCUCGAAUCUGUGUUGACGGCCACGGGACCUUUGCGCUUGUCAUUGAGGCCCCAGUCCCUCCAUGGGAAAGGAAAAAGUUCCGUGCUUGUGCUUUGGAUCGAAACUUCACUGUCGAAGACAAAACUCGAGAAGAACUCUUACAAGGCCGCAAAUAUCUCGGGACCCGGAGGGGACAGGAAAUGUUUGUUGUGACAAUACAUUCAUGCAUUCAUCUUUUUCUUCGUAUUGAGGAGCCUCCACGAGAAGUCAUUGUUAAAGCCGAUAUCAAGCCACCUGGUCAGCGACAUCCACACGUAUGGGCACAAGAAACACUCGCGACAGAUCUAGGGUCACGGUUGGCUUUUCACGUUACGUACACAAAGGAUGAUGUGGAAACAUCAUCCUACGUGACUUCAAAUAUGGUCAGAGAUCUCUACAAGGCCGACUCAUUCGUUCACUGGAUGGAGGGGGAGGAUGUUGCAGCCAUUAUUAAAAGACCAAGGCAAUUUGUUGUUGUGAAUUCAUUAACCAUAACCCUCCCCCGGGGUAUCCCACAACCCGGGUCCUUCUACACCAACGAUGACACCACCUUAAUCCCUGCCAAGGAGUUCAACUCGGGAAAAAAAGCGCAAAAUAGAUGCAGUAUGACCAGUAAAUAG